GGACUAGAGCGGCCCGGCCCGGCGGGGAGGAGGCGGCCCGGCCAUGGAGGACGAGCGGAGCUUCUCGGAUAUUUGCGGUGGCCGCCUGGCCCUGCAGCGCCGCUACUACUCCCCGUCCUGCCGGGAGUUCUGCCUCAGCUGCCCUCGGCUUUCGUUGCGCUCGCUCACCGCUGUCACCUGCGCCGUGUGGCUAGCGGCCUACGGACUCUUCACCCUCUGCGAGAACAGCAUGAUACUCUCUGCUGCCAUCUUCAUCACCCUCUUAGGCCUGCUUGGUUACCUCCAUUUUGUCAAGAUUGAUCAGGAGACUCUGUUAAUCAUUGACUCCCUUGGCAUCCAGAUGACUUCAUCCUAUGCCUCAGGCAAAGAAAGCACUACCUUCAUAGAGAUGGGCAAGGUGAAGGAUGUGGUCAUUAAUGAGGCUAUUUACAUGAAGGUGAUUUACUACCUUUGCAUUUUAUUGGAGGAUCCAGUGGAACCACAUGGGAUAUCCCAAGUAGUACCUGUCUUCCAGAGUGCCAAGCCCCGCCUGGACUGCUUGAUUGAAGUGUACAGGAGCUGCCAGGAGAUCCUGGCACACCAGAAAGCCACAUCAGCAAGUCCAUGAGUCCCAGCAUUUCAGAAGGCCAGUACUGUCUUCCAUGGGAGAUGACUCCUAAGCCAUAGUGGCUGGUUUAUUUUCUGUAUUCUAAACCAUCAGGUGGACAUAGUCCUAGGAACCAGUAUGGAUGCAGUGGAUCUCAGAGCCAUAGAGCAGGUGACUGGGAACCUAACUCACUGUGUGAUGUUGAGCAAAGUAUUUAUGUCUGUUUUAGUGAUCCCCUUGAAAGGUUUUGCCUACUUUAUCAAUUGAGGGGAGACCUUAAGCGAUAUGUCAAAAGUAAUGUUGACAAAGAGCACUUUGUGAAAUUCCUAAGCACAUUCAGGUUUACAUUUUGUAGAGAUUUGUGGUGCAAGGCAAUGGGAAACUGACAUCAGAUCUCUUAAGAAACAUAAUUUCCAACUACACAGUACCCCUGUAUAAAAGUCAAGCCCUUCAGGUUCUGGUGAGUAGGAAGAAAUGUCCUACAAAAGACUAGUCUCUGUCCACCUAGCUCCUGUGUUCUGUACAGGGUUAAUUUAUGAUGACUGUCUUAAUAAACCGAUCUCCUUCCAAAACAUACACAAUAAUUGCCUGGUUCACAGACAGCUGCUUUUUAUUGACAACACGAACAUGGCACAUUUCAGCCAUGGAUGUCAAGCACAUUAAUACUCUACUGUUACUCAGCAUUGUCUAUGGUUUCAAAAACAUUUUUUGCCAAGGGGGCGACAUGAAAGGCUGGAGAGAAAUUCAACUUUGGUUUCCAGACAUGUUAAAGAAGGAUAAACACACAAACUGUAGAAGCCUUUGAUUAUAAGGCAGUUUCUUCUGUGUAAAAUUUUAUUAAUCCAGGAGGAUUCCUGAAGGGCUGGGAGGGAGAUAGAGUGGGGGAAAUAGCUUGACCCAUAAGUUCAGUGUGAACACAGCUCCAUCGUUGCUUGCUUUUUCCUUGGGAUCCUAAUUUUUUUUUUUUUAACUCCCAGGUAGAUAAUAUCCUCAUGGGCUUCAGAGACACUCAGGGUAUUACAAACUAGAGCUGUAAUUCCUGCCUUUUACACCAGCCCAGUAGGGGUUAUUCGGAGCCUGUGGUACAUGUGAUGUUUGACUUGUUCGAGGUAGAAAUGUCUCAGCUAGUUCCCAAAUCCUGGGGGAAAGGCAGCAGCAGAAAUGGGAGAUGGCUGUAAAAUUUCCAGCCUUGCAAAGUCAAGUUCAUUUAAAAGAGGCAGACACUCUCAUGUGCUUCUUCUUUUUUUUUUUAUCAUGCUUGUCAGUUUAAAGGGUGAGAGAGGGGAAGCCUACAGCAGCUGAGGUGUUCAGAUAAACUAGUUCCAGCCUUGAAGUUCUUACAGCGUGCAACACACACACACUUUGUUGAGUCAAAGGCUUGGUUCUUAGAUGCUACUGCUAAACCCAUACAGUUUUCAGCACAUUAUUGACAAAUGCUCAGACUGCCUUAGAGCUAUGAAAUAAAACUCUGUUUCUCCAAUGCUGGAAAAUCAGAGUAUAAUGAACUCUUCGUCUUUUUUUCUGUUGGGGUGGGUGGAGACAAAGAUCAUCUCCGCACUCAACAUAAGGUCUUAGUUGGGGAUGGGGGGAUAUUUGUAUCACCAGGAUGCUCUUAGCCUAUGUGCCUUCUGCCUUUGGACUAAUUCCCAGCGGAAGUUCGCCAGAAGUCUUGAGGAGCAAGACUGGAUUCUGUUUCUGACUCAUCUUUGGUGGCCUCACAAAGCAGCAGAAACCAGUGCAUUUGCUUGGUCUUUCAAAGAACAAGGAAACAAGUGACGAUCACCCAUUCUACAGUAGGAAGCACAGCCUUCACUGAGCCCUGUCUAGUCGUUAAAAUGAGACAGGGAGAGGUCAUGUUGGACUUACCCCCUUGCCCUUGCUUGUACCCAGCUGGGCUGACAGUCCAGUGUGAGGGAGAACAGCUUCAAUCUCAGCAGGGAUAGUGCCUUUUCCUUGUCCUGUAAAGA